AUGUAGUUGCUAGAGAACACGUUCAGUAAAAACACGUUCUCAUUCGUACAACUUUAAUUGCCAAGAUAUGUGAAGUUAUAAUUAAAAGUUUACUUGAAAUAAAUUGAAUAAAAAUGAGUUUUAAAACAAAGUAUGAAGAAAUACAAAUCCCACUAACUACUGGUAUCAUUGCAGCUUGCUGGUAUGGCAAACGAAAUGAAAGACCUAUUAUGGCCAUGCAUGGCUGGCAAGACAAUGCUGGAACAUUUGCUUUACUGGCUCCUGAACUAAGUCAACAUGUAGCCAUUUUAGCCAUUGACUUACCAGGUCAUGGUAAAUCCAGUCAUUUUCCCCAAGGUUUGGUCUAUCACACACUUGAUUAUGUGAGAGUAAUUAAAGAAAUAAUGAUCUACUUCAAAUGGGCAAAAAUAUCUCUAAUGGGUCACUCUAUGUCUUGUGCCAUUAUUUUUCAUUUCACUGCUUUAUUUCCCGAAUUAGUAGAUAUGAUUGUUAGCAUUGAUGUCUUGCAUACCCGCUACUUUACUUUGGAGCAACAGAUACUUACGUUAAAUUUUUGCCUGGAAAAAUUUCUUACCGAUACCGAACAUAAACAGAAAAUCGACAAUAGUGAUGCUGAACCUCCCAUCUACACAUUAGCUGCUUUAGAAAACAUAAUGCAUGAGGGUUCUGGAAAGUCAGUGGACUUGGAUAAAGUAAAAUUUAUCUUAGAGCGUAAUAUAACACCUUCUAAAAGACAAGCAAAUAAAUAUUUCUUUUCUCGGGAUGGCGGUAUAAAAUAUUUGCUUGAGAGCUACACAGAACCCGAAUUAACUGCGUCUAUGGCCAGGAGAAUGCGCAACAUCAAGUGGUUGGUUUUAAAAGCCCAACAUUCGCAUCACAUUAAUGAACAGAAUUCAACAACAGAGAGAGUUUUAAAGAUUCUAAAAGAAAAUAAUCCAGAUUUCUUUUUUUACAUCAUACCUGGAGUGCAGCAUCAUUGUCAUUUAAAUAAUGUAGAAGAAAUGGUAAAAUAUAUUUUACCAUUUGUACAAAAAUAUCGACAAACCGAAUUUUUUAAUUAUGGAGACAAAAGCAAACUGUAAUUAUAGUAUAUUGUAUAAUCCGCAAAGUUUGGAAAUAAAGAAAUAUUAAAUAUA